CUCGCAGCAUUUCCUUGAUGACGGUAUCGCGUCGAUAAGCGAUCCCCGCGACGGAACGUGGCGGCCGCGUAAACAGGCGCGAUUGCAGAAACGCGUCCGCGACACGUCCAGGUGGAUAACGACGGGAUUAAAAAGUGCGAAGGACUGGUCCGCGGCUCGAGUUAUCCCCAAGGACCAGAGCCGAUCGGCGAUCUCGGGUGGCACAUCGUGUAAAUAGCAAUUAACCUCCUUUUCAUUGUGAAGUAGCGGGUCGACGAUGCAUCGGGUCCAGCAAAUAAUCCGCGUCGCGCUUUUCGUCGUCGCGCUGCUCGGAAGUCUCGCGGCUGCUGUUCCCGGUGAAGUGCAAGAGUCGCGGCAGGCCUUCAAGUGCAUGAAAAUGGCCAGAAACGUGAUGAUCAACAACUGCAAGGGGGAACCGGUGAUGUCGAAAGUCAAGCGGUCCGUACGCAAGCUGGAUCUCGCCGGCAUGGAGAAGGAGCUGAAGAUCGAUGCGUCAGACUUUUCGUUGGAGGAGCCACACGUGUCUCAGCAGAAGCGACAAUGGGGUAUGGGACCGUAUUCCGGCACGGGACUGUAUCCUGGCAUGGGACCGUAUCCUGGAAUGAGACCAAUGCCUGGAAUGGUGGAAAUACCUGGAAUGGGAGUCGAAGCGGCGAAUAACUAUCAAAACACCGAUAUCGAAACUCCAUUGUUCGAUUUUCAAUCGAAUAAAGGGUUCCAAGCGUUCCAAGAACAAGUCGGGCCUGGCGCAAUACUGCCGAUGCCUUACGGACCCAUGGGAAUGUACCCUAUGCCGAGAGCUGCCGUAAUCCCUGACAAAUUUCUUGGCUACGAGCUGUCUCCAGAGGAGCUCGAAGAAAUCCACGCAGAGAUCAGCGAACGAAUGCCCAGGGAAUCGAAAUAUUUAACGGAGAAGAUCGUUGACUUUAUCGCGAAAUGCUGUUCGAACGUGACGCAGUGCAUGGACAAUCCGAGCGUGGUCCCGUGCAUGUGAUGCUCAUAUUAACAGUAUUAGGUACCGUAGAAAUACCACUGCCCAAUAACUGCCAACGAAUCUAUAAAAGCUGUUACGACAGAUACAGUGUACUUAUCUUGAAUUAAGUCAUAUACCUUGUAUUACAAUGUCUUAUUAUCUUCGAAAAUAUACAAAAUGAAAUAUUCA